AUGCAGCUGAUCGUGAAGACAUUGGGUGGUGACGUGGCACGAGCCGAGGCGCAGGAGUACGGACGGAUGGAUAUCGUGGCGGAUUGCGAUUCGGCGCUCUUUGGCGGGAGCGACGCGGGAGGCGAGGAACCUGAGAAGAAGAAGGCGAAGAAUGAAUCGCGACAGACCGUGUGGAUGAGCCACGGCGACGAGGCGACGAAGCUUCCAGAGGGGUUCAGAGUGGUGGCGCGCAGCGAUCAGGGCACGGUGGUGGCAAUUGAGUGCACGACACGCAAGAUAUUCGGCCUGCAAUACCACCCUGAGGUGACCCACACCCCCAGGGGCAUGGAGACGCUUCGCCGCGUAGUCUUUGACAUUGGAGGCGCGCACGCUGAUUGGCAGAUGCAGGAGGUGCUAGAUGAGGCGAUCUCAGCCGUCCAAGCGGCAGUGGGCCCAGUGAAGCAUGCGGUGUGCGCGCUGUCGGGCGGCGUUGACUCGACUGUAGCGGCGACGCUGGUGCACCGCGCGAUUGGGGACCGCCUGCACUGCAUUUUCGUGGAUAACGGACUGCUGCGGUUCCAGGAGCAGCAGCGCGUGAUGGCGAUGUUUGAGGCGGACCUGCACCUGCCAGUCACCUGUGUGGAUGCAUCUGACCGCUUCCUCUCCAAGCUCAGGGGCGUCACAGAUCCCGAGAAAAAGAGGCGCAUCAUCGGGGCGGAGUUCAUUGGCGUUUUUGAUGAUUUUGCGAGUGAACUGGAGGCGAAGCUGGGGCACCGACCAGAGUGCCUAGUGCAAGGUACACUUUAUCCGGACGUGAUUGAGUCGUGCCCGCCGCCUGGCAGUGGGAAGAAGCACUCGCACACCAUUAAGAGCCACCACAACGUGGGUGGUUUACCCGAGAAUAUGCGCUUUACCCUCGUGGAGCCCCUCAAAUGGCUGUUCAAGGACGAGGUGCGCAAUAUUGGAGCUCUCCUCAACGUCCCCGCUUCCUUCCUCUCCCGCCAUCCCUUCCCCGGACCUGGCCUUGCGGUUCGGGUGCUGGGGGACGUGUGUGCCGAUGGGGCGCUCGACACUAUUCGCCAGUGCAGCUGCCAAAAGGGACUCCUUGCCCAUGCGAUUCAGUGUUUUCAAAACGCACACCAAAGAGACGCACUCAGUGCCCCCCUCAUGCCUGUUCUUCUACUGCCACAUCUCCAUCUCUCACCCCUCUCGUCUGCUCGUCCCGCUGCUCCCCUCGUCCCGCUUGCCCUUCCCUCAUCUUUCUCCUCGUCCAGGCCUGUACGACCAGAUCUGGCAGGCGUUCAUUCUUCCCCCGUCUUUCCUCCCUGCUCCCCAUGUUCCCCUGGUUCUGUUCCCCUGGCCCAUUCUGAGCAUCAGGUGGAUGAGAUUUUCAUCAAUUCAAUCAAGGAGGCUGGGCUGUACGACCAGAUCUGGCAGGCGUUUGCCGUCUUCUUGCCGGUGCGGUCGGUGGGAGUGCAGGGCGAUAGGCGCACCCACUCCCACGUGGUGGCUCUCAGGGCGAUCACCAGCCAAGACGGCAUGACAGCAGACUGGUGA